AUGGGGUUUCCUACGAUGAAAUACCAACUUCUCGUUUACAUUUUGUUUUACCAACUGCUUGUGCUCUAUGUCUCCGCAAUUCCACGCCCGCAAGGCCUCGAAACAAUAUUAACACUCGAAACCGCAAGCCCGACCGAUAAUGGCUCGGCCGUUGAAAAUACCACGCGGGACCCAACAGCAUCUGAAACAUUAUCACUCGAGCCUGAGGUCUCAAGCUCACUAGUCGUUACAACCAUUGGCGACUUAACUACACUCAGAACAUCAUCAAUAGGGCUCCAGAUCGAUAUCUCGGGCUCGGUUAGUACUGUGAAUGCCUCGCUCUUUAUAUCAUCAAUCGUUGCGGAGCCGGAGACCUCUUCAUUCUCCGGCAGGAUUGGCGACGACAGUACCUCAACGAAAUUCUACUCUAUAGACACAACACCUCCACCCCCACCACCACCUCCACCGACACCACCACCACCACCAAUUACUGACAUCGCUACAAUCACAUUCACAACCACAGCUACAGCCUCAUCUCACGCCCCAACAAACACCGAAGAGCCACUCCGCUACCGAGGGAUCUUUGGUCUGUCCCUGUGGGCAAAGAUCGUGAUACCCCUUGCACUGGCGAGCGCGCUGGGAUUCGGCAUCUUCCUGUGCGUGGCGCAUAGAAAGAAUAUGAGGCAUAAAAAAGCACUGACGAUCGCGUCGGGGGAAAGUACGCCCGUGAAGACUGUUAUGCGGGAGGUGAGGGUGGAGAGGCGGUUGACGCUGUGA